GCGCCUUCGCCUUCCCCCUCGCCGUCACUGUUCUGUACACGCCGGACAACGGCUGACGCGCGCCGCUCUCUCCCUCUACUGGCGACUCUGAUCUAUCGACGCGUCGCGAGACUCCUCGCCGAGGUCUUGCAGGAGUAGAGGAAUCCAGGCGCGAAGGGUUUGAAUAAAGAGGAUGUCGUCCCUGCAAGGCUACGUCGAUCGUCGCGUACUGCUUGUGUUGCAGGAUGGACGAACGAUCGUGGGUGUUCUAGCUGGCUUUGACCAAAAAUCGAACAUCAUCCUGUCCGAGUGCCGUGAGCGCGUCUACUCCAUGGAUGAGGGCGUGGAGGAGAUCCCACUCGGGCUAUACAUCGUGAAGGGGGACAUGAUAUGCUUGAUCGGAGAAAUAGACAAUGACCGCGACGCAGCAAUUGACAUAUCCACUAUUCGCGCCGAGCCAAUCCCACCAAUUCGAUACUAG